UACCUGAUCAAUAAUAAACAAACCAUUUCAUUAUCUCUUCACCCUAAUUUGUCAAAAAUCCAAGUAUAGAGCCCGUCACUGAUGCAUACUGAACUCUGAAAGUCUCAAAACUGAGCGUAGAAAAUUGAGCAAUGGCGAGUGUAUGUGGAAGAGCAAGACAAGCCCUACAGUCUUCUUCUGUCUUAGCUACACGAAACGCCCUUUCCAAACUUUGCGGUUCCAAUUCUUCUUCACGAGCUUCCAAGUUGCCUGGCUUUACAUCCUCUUCAAACCCCCGUUCUUUCCAGAAGCUUUUCACUUCUUCUAGGAUUCCAGUGGAGUUGGGUUGUGCCGUAUCAUUAAUGCCUUUGCAUAGUGCUACUGCUUCUGCCUUGUUCAAUUCCUUGCUAUCACUGCAUGCACAGAGCUGGGGUUGUCUUUCUGAAGGAUUUGCUACUCCUCUAUAGCAAGGCCUUCAAUUUGAAUCCAGUAGUGGACAUGGUGGAUGUAUGAAUUGGUGUCUUUUUAGUUACACCACACCUUUGGAUGACAAAGCGAGAAGGUUAAUCAUAUAUUUUUGAGAUUUUGAACUUUUAAUACAAUCUGAACCUGGUGUUUGCUAGCAGGCUGCUUGUUAGCACUGAAUUUUGGAGAAAGAUUUCAAUCAUGUAAAGAUUUGGUUUGUUGACUUGUUCUCAUCCCUUUUUUCUCAAAAUAAUUUCAAAGAAAAAAUAAAAACAUCAUCCUGUAAUCAUUUUACUGCUGAGUGUUGAUUUGAAAGCUUUUGCUCAGCUUCCCCUCCCAGCAGGUUAUUUAUGUGCAUCACAUGUGUUGAUGACUUGAUACUAUGCCGAGGGCUGCCUCCUAAUAAGGACAGGCAAAGCUAUUAAACGAGCUUUUUGAGAUUGUAUAUCAAAUCCGUAAAGGUCAGAUUAUAGUCAGUAGUGUUAAUGCACACGUAGGGUACUCGAUCCAGAUUUUGGAUUUUAGCACCUGAUACUUGAUAUUUGCUAAACCUAAUACUCGUAAUAGUCGUGAAGGGUACUUAGAGACAAAUAAAAAUUGGGCUGCUCCGUGCACGAAGUGUUGCACUACUGUACAAAUGUACGAUAGGCUUGAGAAUCCAUGUACUAAUUGAUCUGUCUGAGAAUCUCCUCUCCCUAGUUGGAAUGUACAAUAGAGGACUGUUGAUAAUCUGUUAUUUCUGUGCUUAUUAUUGAAGUUGUCCAGUGGUUGACUUAAUCCUUUU